AUGGAGGUAGGUGAUAAGUAUAGAGUGUGUGUGUGUGUGUGUGUGUGUGUGUGUGUGUGUGUGUGUGUGUGUGUGUGUGUGUGUGAGAGUGUUUGUGUGUUGAUGUUAAUGCAAAUUGUAAAGCUACACACAAGUCAUUGAGUCUGUCUUGUCUGUUGUUUGGUUGGAUGCUAACAGGAAGAGCUAUAGGUGUUUGGUGACAACUAUCUGUAGUUCUGCUGGUCCAUGAUGCUGCAGGUGAGGUCAGAACAUUAUUUAUCAAAAGGUAAUAAAAUAUUAUUUUGACUUACAUAUUAUAAUACGGCAGGUUAAUGGUUCUUAGGCCGGGAUUCAGUCCGUGGAGCGCUGUGCCAUUUAAAUGUAAUUUCAGCCUUGCCUGGUUCCUCUAUAUAGUAAACACACAAACUCUGGUUGAAAACUAGAAAUGGCAGUGGACAGUGUUUAUUUUAUUUAAUACCUUGAGGUAGAAAUAUCACCUCACUUCAUCUCUCUUUUUGAGAAUUUGCAUUCUCAAAAAGAGAAAAAGCAUGAUUUUAUCAGCAACCCAGAUGAGCAGCCUGCUAUCAUUGGAACUGUUAAUCAGAUUGCACAUGUGUAACAUUGAUGUAAUCUAAGCAUGGACUUCUAUAAAGCUGGAUAUCAGUCAGUCAGUCAGUCAGUGUGUCUAUCCAUCAAACAGCUGUCUGGUUGGUUGGAUGCUGACAGGAAAAGCUAUGGGUUUUUGGGGACUACUGUCUGUAGUUCUGCUGGUCCAAGAUGCUGCAGGUGAGGUCAAGAGAAAUGUUUUUAUUAAAAGAGCAUUAAAUUGUUUUUAGCUUGCGUGGUCCACAGUACCUAUUACACUCAUCAGAUAUUGAUUGAUUAUUUUUUUACUGGUGUUUUAAUUUGAGCAUCAUUAGCCUACAUAUUUGGGCAUAUACAUUCUUUUUUUAUCUGCCUUCCACUGGAACUAAGAACUUCAAGCAGAUAUCUCUGUUUUGGCAUUAGUAAUCACUAAGAGCUCGAUUCAAUCCGUAUCGCUGAAGUUCAGCUUUAUAGCUCGAUUUAAAUGUAAAUGUAAUUUCCAAUUGAGCCGACAUAUUUAGCAUUUACCGUGGCAUGAAUGCAGUCUCUGCUAAUGCGGGAACAUUGCCUUUAAAUUUAUAUUGUAUUGUUGCGCAGCUCUUCAGCGCUACGGAUAUAUAUCACCACUAAAUAUACUGUAAAUACAUAUCACCACUAUAUAUUUUUAAAGGGAAAUCAGCAGUUGCUACAUCCAUUUAAGACUUGUUAAUUAAGUUGAUUCUUGAAGAAUAUAACUUAAUAAAUGCCUCAUGAGAACCCAAAAUAUAAGCUUGUUUUACUCCAAUGUUUUUAAACAAAGUAAAUGUAAACAAACAUUAAAUAGCCUCUUAAAAACUAUAAAUAGCAGUUUAAAACUAUAAUUGUGAUAUUAUGGAUGGUCAGCCCUUGCAUCCAGAGCUCUGUCUGUGAAUUUGAAAGUGGUUACAUUUCUCCAGCCCCAUCCCUCAGCUUUUUACCGAAAAGGGGUGGGGAGGAACGCUUUGUGGAACUUCUCAGAUUUUCUGGUGCAGUGGCACUAACUUCAGAGUUCUGAGAGGAGCAAGGUAUCAAAUGCAGACAGGGUUGGUACACGAAACAGGGUCACAGUCUGGCAUUCUCUCCACCCUCCAACACCUCCCUCUCUAGGGUCAGUUGUGCCCCAGGCUCGGAGCUCUAUCGUGGGGGGAAAGGAUGCUCCAGAGGGCAGCUGGCCGUGGAUAGCCUAUCUGAUUAUCACUGAAGACAAAGGCACCUUCAGCUGUGGCGGAUCCAUCCUCACUGAGGAGUGGGUGCUCACUGCUGCACACUGUGUUGACCCGUAAGUGUGUUUGUUUGUGUGUGAAGGAGGCUUGCAUGUUGAACUCAUGAAAGUGUCUGCUAUCAAAAUGACAUUUUUUCAGUGGUUGUAAUUUUCUUAAUGUCUCUACAAUCAGAAAACCAGUUUACAAACCAGAAUGACAUCAUUAUGAUUUCAUAGGCCAAAUUUUGCUUGCUGGAAUAGAACCAAAAGCUCUGUAUGUGGUUGUAUGAAAUAUGUCAAUGUCUUUGUAAUGUUUUUAUCCAACCUGGACUAAGGGGUACACAUAACGUAGUAAAGUAAAUCCGUCAACGUAGUAAAGUAAAUCCGUCACAUGCCAAUUAUAUGAUAUGAUACGUUUCGUAUGGUAUGUAUUAAUUUGUGGAUGUCCAUCAUCCAUUUCGUAUGAUAUAUAAAAAAUUACAAUUUGUAUGAUAUGUUACGAAUUGUAUUUCAUACAAUAUGUUACGAAUUGCAAUUUGUACAAUAUGUUACGAAUUUGCUAAAUGUAUGAUAUGUUAUAAAUUCCAAUUUGUUGUCGCAUGUGACGGAUUUACUUUACUACGUUAUGUGUACCCCUUAGUCCAGCUAGGCUGGGGGUUAGGAGUUAGGUCAAAGGGUUAAGGUUACGGUUAGCGGAAGGGUUAGCUAACAUGCUAAGUAGUAGCAAAGUAGCUAAAAAGCAGUAAGUAGUUGCAAAGUUUCUAAUUAGCUAAAAUGCUAAAUUUGUCCGUGAUAAGAUUCGAACAUGCAACCUUUGGGUUGCUAGAAAUUCACGUUAUAAAUUUGUCCGUGAUAAGAUUCGAACAUGCAACCUUUGGGUUGCUAAAAAUUGACGUUAUAUGCCUACCCAUCCACCCCGACCAACCACCCUACUUUCGUUUUUGCCUUAAGUAACCGCCUGUCUUAUGUAACCAUACCAAAAGUAACAUAUCAUACUAAUUUUGGUGUUCUGGAUUUACAUUUACUAUGUUACGGCUAGUCUAUGAGACCAGGCUGUUUUAUCUGUGUUUGUGUGUAUUAGGAAUAACAACCCUAUUCCAGACCUUUCCUACGUUCGUCUGGGGAUACACAGCCUGAAUAAGCCAUCAGUGUUUCGUCGACCCAUCUCACGCAUCGUCAGUCACCCACAGUACAAGAAACAGCGUUCGGAACUGCUGCACGACAUCGCCUUGGUGAAGCUGAGUAUAAAGGUGUCCUUCUCCUCCCUGGUGGAGCCCAUGUCCCUGCCCAAACCGAGUGAUGCCUUCGGCCCGAAGUCGGAGUGCUGGAUCGCUGGCUGGGGCAAUGUCGGGAACGAUGGUGAGCAAAACACACAGCAACACCAAUAUACAAACACUCACAGUGCCAGGUUCUAAAGCAUAGCUUUGGUUGGUUUUGUCUUGAUUGAAUGUCAGCAUUCAAUUCUGAGGGCGACAUUUUAGUAGUGCAAAAGUAUUGUGCAAAGUGCAACAUUUAACACAAACCUCAUUAUAAACCUGGUGGUUCCAGCCUUAAAUGCUGAAAAGCUGAUCGGGUAUGACCCCAAAAAUAUUUGUACUGUUCUUAUUAUGUUGGUAACCAGUUUAUAAUAGCAAUAAGGCACCUCUGGGGUGUGGGGUAUGGCUAAUAUACCACAUCUAACGGCUGUAUCCUGGCACUCUGUGUUGCUUCAUGCUUAAGAACAGCCCUUGGCCCUGGUAUAUUGGCCAAUAACCACACCCCCUUCUGCUUUAUUGCUUAAUUAUAAUCUGGCAGUGUGAUCUAUAAACUUUUAUUUACUCAGGGGAAACCAAUUGAGGCCAGCGUCAUAUUUUGUUUUCCUCCGUCUUCUGUUGUUUGUAGUUAGUGACUAUUUCUCUGUUAAAUUCUCUCUCCCCCACUCUAACUGCCCUGCCCGUUCACUCUCUCCCGCAACCCUCUUUCUAUCCUACAUCUUACUCCCUUCUUCUUUUCCCCUCUCUCCAGUGGAGCUGUCUGGUAAUAGGACCCUCCAGGAGCUGAGGCUGCCCAUUGUGAAGCGACGCACCUGUAAGGAAAAGUUUCCGGGCUUCACUGACAACAUGAUGUGUGCUGGCUCCCUGGAUGGAGGGAAAGACUCCUGUCAGGUGAGUUCCCUUACUGGUACGUAUACAUGUUUUAUACAAACACAGACACUCUCUCACACACACACACUAGUGAUGCGCCAGUCCCUGCGGGGCGGGCAGGUUUAGGGUCAUGAAAUAUUGUGUGGGUGAAGGGCGGGUAGGUUGAAUAAAGAGGAGAAAAAAAGAAUCCAUAACUGUAUAAUUCUUGUGCAAUUCAUAUCUAUAGGCUACAUUGAGGUUUUUCUUUCUUUCUUUUUAUCUGGCAUUAGUGCGUAAGUCUAAGCUUUAGGGCCUAACUGUACGCACGCCGACUGAAACCUGGCACAGUGGACGCUAUUCUGUUUCGAAACUGGACUUUAUGUUGUGUUAUAGCCUAUUUAUUUUCUAAGCCUAUUUUUAAUUUCACUAGAUGUUUUAUUUUAUUAAUCUGAAGGUAUAGGCUAUUAGCCCACAGAGGCAGUCGGCCUACAAGAUGUCCAUUUAUUGUUUCACAUUUUGUUUCGUUUCAGCAAAAUGAUAGGCUACUGUUCAAUAAGCCUUUUAAUAAUAAUAAUAAUAAUAAUAUGCCAUUUAGCAGACGCUUUUAUCCAAAGCGACUUACAGUCGUGCGUGCAUACAUUUUUGUGUAUGGGUGGUCCCUUUCAAAUGAAUAUGCGUAAAUUCUCAAGAAAAGCUUCAUUGUUCAAGGGCAAAGUAGCCUAAUUGUACAGUGCAUUUUCACAAAAGCAUGCCAUGCGCAAGGUGUGAUUUAUUGUUUGACUUUUUCUUCACAAAAGCAUGCGCAAGGUGUUAAUUUAGGCUAUUGUUUGACUUUUUGGUUUCAGCUAAACAUUAGUCUACGGUUCAAUAGGUCUAAAUAUUCAAUAAAUAAAUGAAGAAAUGUUGAGGAAAAACAUAGUUGUUCAAUAAAUAUUCAAGAGAGAAAAAAGGAACUGUACAGAGCAUUUUCUAUAUUUUUGGGUGCGGGGGAACAAACAGCUGACCUACAUCACUGACACACACACACUCUCUUUCUCUCUCUAUCCUUCUCUCUCACGCACACACACACACACACGUACACACAAACACUUACUUGAAUGCUGUAAAUGUAUGUUUGUGUUGUUUUUCUUUGUUUUACAGGGGGACUCUGGGGGGCCGUUGGUUUGUCGCUCAUCUGGAGAGUUUGUCCAGGCGGGAAUCGUGAGUUUUGGGCAUUCCAAAGGCUGUGGUGUGGAAGGCUUCCCUGGAGUCUACACCCGUGUGGUCCGCUACUUGGACUUCAUCCAGGAGACUAUAACCUCCGACACACAGGCUUCUGCUGAGGCCUAG